AUGUUUAGAGCUGUUGCUAGCAGAUGCUUGAAGACUGCCGUUCUUCCACAACGUUUACCAGCGGCAAGAUUCCAAGCUGUCCGUUUCUACGCCGGUUUCCCCGCCUUAACGAGAGAUCUCGCUAAAGAAAGAGUUAUCGAAUUAUUGGAGGGCUACGACAAGGUUGCUGGAAAAGAAAUCACAGAAUCCUCUUCUUUUGUGCAAGAUUUGAACUUGGACUCCUUGGAUGUCGUCGAAGUCGUCAUGGAAGUUGAACAUGAGUUCAACAUCCAGAUUCCAGACCACGAGGCCGACACAUUGAAGACGGUUGGCCAAACUAUUGACUACAUUGUUUCCCAACCAGAUGCUUGUUAA